AUGCCCUCUGUCAUGAAGUUCGCUGCUGCGGCUCUCGCAGUGGCUGCACCUCUUGUUUCAGCUCAGACGUACUCUGAAUGUAACCCAAUGGAACGAUCAUGCCCUCCGAACAAGGGUUUGACUGAGUCCAACCUUCACUUUGAUUUCACCCAGGCUAGUUCCCUCGACCAGUGGAAGAUCAGUGGCGGCUCAGUUCCCACCGGCCCCAAUGGUGCCGAGUUCACUAUCAACAAGGAAGGAGAUGCUCCUACCCUUGUCAGCGACUUCUACUUCUUCUAUGGCGAAUUGUCCAUUGAGAUGAAGACUUCCCCUGGUCAAGGCAUUGUCAGCUCUGCCUUUUUGCAGUCUGACGACAAGGAUGAAGUUGACUGGGAAGCACUGGGUGGAAAAGCCAACACCAUUGAGACCAACUACUUCGGAAAGGGUGAUACCACAACCUAUGACCGUGAGACCUAUGUCCCUGUCACCAGCCCUGAUGAGUCUUUCCACACCUACACCGUCCAAUGGUCCAAGGACACUGUCAACUGGCUGAUUGAUGGUGCCAAUGUCCGCACUCUCAACUACAACGAUGCCCAGGGUGGUGCUCGCUUCCCUCAGACCCCCAUGAACAUCCACGUUGGUAUCUGGGCCGGUGGUGCUCCCACCAACGGUCAGGGUACCAUUGACUGGGCUGGUGGUCUGACCGACUACUCCAAGGGCCCCUACUCCAUGUACAUUAAGAGCAUCAGUGUCAAGAACACCAACCCCGCCGAGUCCUACACUUGGUCCGAUAUGUCUGGCUCCGCUGAAAGCAUCCAGUUCACCGGAUCCAACGUUGUGAGCUCGCGCGGCACCUCCUCCGUGGCUGCCACCAGCUCCACUUCCGAGGCGCCGAUUUCCUCUUCCACCAAGGCUCCUUCCGCUACCGAGAACACUCCCACCACUGAGAGUACCUCCACCGAGAGCACUUCCACCGAGAGCACUUCCACCGAGAGUACUUCCACCGAGAGCACUUCUGCCCCUGCCACUACCCUGGCUACCAAGACCUCCAGCUCCUCGUCUGCCCAGUACACCGCCGAGUCGACUGCCGUCUCCGGCUCCGGUGCUGCCAGUGCUGCCAGUGUUGCCAGCUCUGGUGUCUCCCCCAGUGGCUCUAGCAGCUCAGGCUUCCGCUCCAGCCCCAGCCCUAGCUCUGGAUCUAGCUCUGAAUCUGGGUCCUCCGGCUCCGUCUCUAACACCGAGACCGGCUCCACCGCCCCUUCGGGCUCUGGCUCACUCACCAGUGCCAGCGCUAGCGCCAGCCCUAGCUUCAACGCUGCUGCCUCUGUCGCUGCCAGCUACCUGGGACCCGUGUCCCUCCUGGGUCUGGUGACCGCCCUGCUCCAGCUCUAA